UUUACAUUUAGUGGUACAGGUGCUAACGCUCAGGUGACAUGAUGGCCAUGAGCCAGCGAAGUCGUGUUAUACAGCUCUACAAAACGCUGCUACACAUGGGGCGUGAUUAUCCAAAGGGGCAUGAAUACUUCAGGGAACGACAGAGGAACGCUUUUAGGAAGAACAGAAAUAUAACAGAUCCGCAAGAAAUUGAUGCCCUAAUCACCAAAGGAGAAUAUGUCCAAAAGGAAAUUGAGGCACUGUAUUUUUUGAUGAAAUAUCGGACAAUGAAGAGAAGAUACUAUGAUAGUCACAAUUCAAAUGAAACAACUUCACAGAAAUAGUGAUAACUAAUUUGUGGUGACAAGAAACAUAUGCCUGGAUAAAGAAAAAAAAAUUAAUGAAAGAAGAAGAAAUAUAUUUUAACAUACCUGUGAUAAAUUUCAUCUUUUAGGGAGCUUGAAAGAUUUUAUCAGCAAUACUAUGCAUUUGUGUAUAACAUUAGAAUGUGUAAAUUAAUGUAUAUUAUAGUGUAUAGAUGGGACACUCGGACUAGAAAAGAAUACAGGUGCUUGUAAGGGAUGGGGGCUUUAUUUAGUCAAAUACAGUAUUUGUCAACCCUUAUAUCAGUAGUUAAAGCUGUGCAAACAUUCUAGAUCUGUAGCCUUGAAACAAAAAAUCAAAAUAGGAUUUCCAGUUUGUGUAUGUUUAAAGAAUGAAACUGACGUACUGGUGAGAAGAUUUCAUAACAUUUCUUACAUUAAUUGUUUCUAGUCGCAACACACUUGUCAAUAUACAUUUUUUUUUUAGUAUACAAUGCAUGCAUACCAAAACUCAUACAUGCAUGAAAUAAUUUUAUGGCCUAUUUUACACUGGUAAUAUUUCAAAUAGUCUAUUUUUAGUUUCAAUCAAAAUAGGAAAAAGGUCAGUGUUAUUCAUUAGUUGUAGUUAUGACUAAACAUACAUGCAAUCUUUCUUUCCUAACUGUAUAUAACUUUACUUAAUUAAGUAUUUACUAAUUUGAAGGAAUUUUUCUGGAAAAAGUUACCCCAAAUAUGAGAUCCUUGAGUUAAGGACCAUACAUUCCUGAACAGUAAAUAAGUAAUCUACAUGUGAUAAAAAGCUUCAAUAUUAUUCCAUGUGUGUUUUUGUAAACAUUUAGUGGUUUAAUAAAUUAUCAUUUAUAUUUA